ACCGGCACAAUUCAUUAACGAUCGUUGAAGACAGACGAGCUGGUUUGGAUACCAAGCGCAGUGAUCGAAGCAUUGCAGUGGCAACUAUCGAACGACUCCCGACCGACCGCAGCAUCCCAGUUUGUGUGUGUGUGUGUGUGACAGUGUGUGAUACAGUGUGCACAUUCGAAUAGCAAGAACAUUUGUGAUCAAUCCUGCAAGUCCUGUGGAAACCAGUGAACGCAUCAGAAUGAAAGUGUUUAUCGCAAUCGCAGCCCUUCUGGCCGUGGGCAUGGCUGCCCCGGCACCAGCCACCGAGCAGACCGGAGCAUUCGGCAUGAUGGCCAAAUACUUCGGUUCCUGUCUGGAAAGCGAAGAUAUGGGCACCUGCUUUGCCGUGAAGGGAAUUACCGCACUGAACCGGGCAGCCCGUGCCGCCAACAUUGAGCUGGCUCCUGGUGUCACAUUCGCAAGAGACCCGUCAGUCCCGGCCGAGCGCACCGGAAAGGCCAUCUCGGAGAACGAGAUCGUCAACACGCUGCCAGCUGAUUCGGAACAGAAGACGGACGCCCUGUUCGAUCUGGCCAUCGAUUCUGCCAAGCGUCUGUUCAGUGCCCGCUCGAUCCAGUUCAAGCUGCCAGAGGAGACGACCGAGACGAUCGCCCGUUCGCUGGAGGAAGGUAGACUGCUGAAGAAAGGCAAGAAGCUGAAGAAGGUGCUCGGCCCGCUGGUCCUCGCUCUCGGUGGCAAGCUGUUCGCCCUGCUGCCGCUGCUCCUCGGUGCGGUCGCUCUGCUCGCCAUCAAGGCUCUGCUCGUCUCGAAGGUUGCGUUCGUGAUGGCUGCCGUGUUGGCCGCCCAGAAGUUCCUCGGCGGCGGUGGUGGAUCGCCACUGAACCUGCUGUCCAAGGUUGCCGGUGGAUCGUCCGGAGCCGUGGUUGGAGGUGGUGCAUCGGCCGGAGCUGGCGGUUGGUCGUCGGGAGCUAGCGCUGGCGGAUGGUCCAACACUGGUGCUGCCUCGGCCCAGUAUCCGUACGCUCGCAGCUACGACACCGCCCAGGAACUCGCCUACAGUGCGCAGGCUCCGUCGCAGUAAGGUGUCGCGUGAGGGCAAGAUCGCAACCCGGAUCGCACCUAAGAUCCGUUUGGACGAACUUGUAAAAUAGCCGUAGAGCUGUGGCCCUUGCGGUGCGCGGUUCUGUACAAUCGAUUUCUGUCCCUUGUCUUUCUUCGACCGUUCACCCUCUUCGAACUCUUCUUCCUCGCCUUCUACAAACGCUGUCUAGUCUUCUUCGCAUGCUUCUCUCGCGCACGCCACGCCGCUAAUCAGCACUCGUCUGCAGCGGCUCGUAACCGUCGAAAGCGGAGCAACCGACGAGAGCGCGCGAUGUGCGCGCGCAUCUUCAUUAUUUCCACCACGAGGCAAGUGCCCACCCGUUUCUUCAUCCCCAGCGUCCCACCCGAGCCGAGCCCCUUUAGCCCCUCGCCAUCCAUUGCACACACAGCACACCGUGGCAUCGGCACGAAAUUGAGAGCGGACCCCACGCAAACCGCCCGGGCCCGGAACCUCCGAAUCCGGAUGUCCGUUUAUGUAAAUACACCGACCAAAAGCCGAUCGCGCGGUGAAUUGUUUGUGCAACGAUGGGUGUGAUUGGGUAUUGGGGCUGAUGAUCGGGCCGGGAGUAGAUGUUAGCUUUCUCUUCUUCGCCGGAUCCUUUCGGUGUAUCACUGUACGGCACACAUACCUUCAUCUUCACCUAGCGCCACCCUUCUUCACACUUCAUCACGAGACCAUUCGUUGGCGGAUGCUCUUGCAAAAAAUACCUCGACGGAUCGAAGAGGUCCCCAUUCUUCAGCGCUUCUGCAACGAUAAGCACACAUCGGAAACAACGAAAAGCCGACGCUCACACCGUACUCACAGCAAAUACACAAACACAACACAACUGCGCCAUUUCGGACCGCAUGCGAUCGUGGUUCUGCGAUCGCAGCCGUGCGGCUCCAUUUGUCUUCUAACGUAAUAAUAUUUUUUUUGUAGUGUUUAGUAAUUUAUUAUUACCGAUACCGCCGGGGUGUGUGAGCGCGAGAUCGAAACGAGAUCAGGUCAGUGGAGUGGUGAAAAUUGUACCGAAUCGAAGGAACGUCCAGGGAUGCAUGUGUGUGCGUGUUGCACUAUGGUUGUGUGCCUUAAGGCUCGGCCGCCACGCUCGACAAAAACAAAAACCCCGUUUGGAUAGUUAAUUUAUUUUUAUUUAUGUAAUUAAAUUAUUAAAAAUCAACCAACACGAAAUUAGAACACACAGAACCAGGUUUGGCUGGAAUCCGAUCAUACCACAACCACACACACACACACACACACAACGAAUGCAGUAAUAGCAAUAGAGCAAACGGGCAAACGAGUUAACCAUUAACUGCUAGUACAUAGGGAACGAACUAUAGGACCACUGUGCGGUCAGAACACUCAGAGGGCAUGGAAAAACGAUCCAUGGCUAACGGGUGCAUGCAAUGUAAAUCACAGGAACAGGCAGACGCGGGGCAGUUCAGCCACGGUAAGCUGGUUCCAUAGCAAGCACACAAUCAACAUAAGCAAACCAUAAAGCAACGACUUUUGUCGCGAAAAUAGAAGCAAUAAAAAUAAAAACGACUUAUUGAAAAGAAA